CCAAGUGAGGCCAGUGAACAAAUCGGUGGAGGAGGGAGGAUCGGUUAUGAUUCCUUGCGUUGUUGCUAAUCGAAUGGGAAUCGUUCAAUGGGCAAAAGAUGGAUUUGCUUUCGUCGUUCAACCUGGGGGCAGUAUUGUGGGGUAUCCAAGGUUGAGGUUAAAGGGAGAUCAGGCACAUGGGGUUUAUAAUCUGACAAUCACCGAUGCUUCAUUGACUGACGAUGGGGAAUAUCAGUGUCAAGUUGGUCCCUACGGGAAGAGUAAAGCCAUCAGAGCUAAUGCCCAUCUGAACGUCAUAUCUCCACCCCAGAAAGUGGAAAUAAACGGCUAUCCGAAUCGCGGAAAAAUCGAGGUGAAUGUCGGCGAAUCGAGAAGUCUCGAGUGCACAGUGAGUUCUGCAAAACCAGCGGCAACAAUUGUUUGGUAUCGCGGAAAUUUUGCAAUCACUGGUGGUGAGACGAGCGUCAACGCAAUCUCCAUCGAAGACGAUAAGGAGAUACCGAAACCCGGGGAAGCUAAAAGGAAACUCCUGAAAUACGAAACCAAAAGUUCAAUGACAAUUGCACCAACAGUCGACGAUGAUGGGAUGGAUUACGCCUGUGAGGCCAGACACCCCGCCAUCCCCAUCGACAAACCCAUGCGAGCAACAGUCAAGUUCUCUGUCUUCUAUCCUCCGGGUGCCCCCUACAUCGAGGGCUACAACGAGGGGGAUGCAAUCAGACGGGGUCAGAAGGUUGAGCUCGUGUGCAGAUCACGGGGUGGUAAUCCACCAGCUCAAGUGAUUUGGAUGAAGAAUCAAGAGGUCAAGAGUAGUGUUUAUCGUACCUACAACAGCCUGUCUGAGAAUGUCCUCUCAUUCGAGGCUCAGUCAGAGGACGACAAGUCACGGUACAGCUGUGUCGUAUCAAAUGUCAUGAGUGUCACACCAAUGAAAGUUCACGUUGAUUUAACCGUUCUCUUCCGUCCAGCUUCUGUGACAAUUACUGGACCCACAGAGGCUAAAGCCAACGAGAGUGUCACUAUGAUGUGCACAACAGACAAUUCUAAUCCAGCAGCUGAUAUCAAGUGGACUGUAGGCGGUAUAGAAUUUAAUAGCACCAAUUCAAAAACUCAGCUGGAUGGCAAAGCCGGAUGGAUCACCACAUCCAAUAUCACUUUCAAUAUCAAUCAAAAUGCAAAGAGCGUUGUCGUUAUUUGCAGUGCUAUCAAUUUGAAACUCGCUGAGUACACCAUGAAGACUCACACCAUUAACGUCAUUUAUCCUCCAGCAGGACUGACGAUCAGCGGUUACGAGGAACACCAGCAGAUUGAUGCUGGAGCUGUCCUCAAGCUUCUCUGCACCGCGACAGCUGGCAAUCCUCUGGCCACAGUGACUUGGUUCAAAAAUGAUAAAGAAAUAAUGGGUACCAUAAGGGAACGAGAUCACGCCAUAUCAAAUGAGCUUGAGAUCCUGGUGAACGCGUCCGACAAUAAGGCGCACAUGAGGUGUGACGCCUCAAACUCAGCCACAAUUAUUCCGAUGAGCAAAAAAGUCAUCCUCAAGGUGAAUUUUCCACCAGCUCAAGUGAAGAUAACACGUGAGCCCAAGGAAUUUCGCGCAGGCGAGACAGGUAGAUUGAUAUGUGAAUCGAGUAGCAGCAAUCCACCAGCUGAAAUGUCGUGGUGGAAGGCUGGAAUAGCUGUCAAGGGUACAAAAAAUACGACGAAAAUUGGUCUCCACGCGGGUUGGGUGUCCACAGUGGAACUCCAGCUUCGAUUAACUGAAAAUAUGAAUAGCGAUGUGUACACCUGCGAAGCGAGAAAUUCCAAGAUGCAGAGGUCGACCCACGACGCCACAACUCUCAACAUAUUGUAUAAACCCAUAUUCACGUCCAUCGAUUCGAAUGAGCUCGAUGGUAUGGAGGGUGAGCCGUACGUCAUAUCGAUAGGAGCCAAGGGUAAUCCCUCAGACAUCGUUUACUCCUGGACGAGGAAUGGAUUGCCCUUGAGUCGUGACAAUGCGAGGAUUAAAUCUCGUGACUCGACCCUGAAUAUCACCAGGCUGAGUAGAACCGAUGCCGGAAUGUAUAUUUGCAAGGCAUCCAACAACGAGGGAUCAACGGACUAUCAGCUCAACAUAACAGUUCAAUAUGGUGCUGAGAUAAAACGCACAUCAGAAUCAGGUAUGGUCUAUCCUGGUGACAGAGAGGCUAAAUUAUUCUGUGAAUUGGAUGGCAGUCCAAUUGGUGAUGAAUACGUAACGUGGUACAAAGUUGGCUCGACAACAGAAUUGUCGAGUCGUUAUUCAACCUCUUUUAUCAACAAAACUUCGUAUCUACACAUCAGCAAUCCUAGUGAAGAGGACGUUGGUGAAUACAGAUGCAACGUUAACAAUGGAAUUGGAAAUGUUACGUCAAAGCCCAUUCUCUUUAUCACUAAUUUCGAGCCACAGAUGACGAAUACUGCGAUAAUGAGGAAAGCUGCUGCCAAUACUGGAUCCGAUGUGAAGCUGCAUUGCAAGGCACGUGGAUCACCGCUCCCAAAAUUCGUGUGGUACUUCGGGGAAAAAUUACUCCUACCCAACAUGACAUCCCAAAAACACGACGUGUCCAGGAAAGAGGUUUCCAAGUUGGAGGUACAAUCAACUUUGACAAUAUACCACGUGAAUCAACGUGAUUACGGUACAUACAGUUGCCGGUCUGAAAAUCGUCUGGGUAAAACGUCAGACUCUGUACACCUCGACGUAACAUCACCCCCAGACCAACCAAGCGAUCUUCAAGUAUACAAUGUAACCCACGAUAGUGUUACAUUAAUUUGGAAGAGGGGUUUUGAUGGGGGUUUACCAACGUCCCAUCGUAUCAGAUGGAGACAGGCUAAUGAUUAUCUCGACAGUUAUUAUUAUCUCGAUGUUAAACCUGGUGAUUACACAGCAACGAUAACAGGCCUCAACCUAGGUACAUUCUACGUAUUCAGUAUUAUGGCGAGAAAUUCAAAGGGCGAGAGUCCAUUUCUACCAGAUCUCGUUAAAAUUCAAACUUUACGCGAAGCACCACCAACAGAGUUGACCACCAGCGAGAUUAACACCUCCUACACCAUCAUCAUAAUCAUCGUUGUUUCUGCCUGUGCUUGUCUACUCAUUGCUACGCCCAUACUCUAUGCCACAUUAAAGUCCAAAAAGAAGGCGCACCGCUCUGGCAUCAACAAGUCCCAGACUGCUGACAUGUACGCACCAUCAACUGUCAAUGGUGACACAAUGACGGGUGAAUUAAGUUCGGUAUCGGAUGAGAAGAGUGACGUUAAUUUCGACGCUAAUGAUUACGUGGACGAGGGGAGGAAGACAGCUGCCAGUACAUAUUUAAUUGAUCAGAGUAUCCAAGAGUUUGGUAAAAGUAGCCUUGAAAUGCAGGUACAUCAUCAAGGUACACUGGGUAGACGUGGAAACCACGUAUCGAGUAUAAUGCCGAUGGAUUCACCUCCGCAACGUACCACAGCCAGUGGUACACUCUCGGUGUCGAAAUCGAGUUACAUCGGGAAUCCCAGUCCAGCCCCACCGAGCGACGUAAAUUUCUACAGUGUGGAGAUGGACAGUGGCCGCUAUACCGGAUAUGAAGCAAAUCCAAGCCCUGUACCGGUGAUGAACGAACCCGGUCCAGGUGCCUAUUAUCCGUCCCUAGGAGGUCCAAUCCAUGGAAAUCAAUUGCACACAAGCACUGGAACAUUGACGAGGAACCGAACAUUACCGAGACCGGUGCCCCCCCCAGACGUCACUGUUAUGACUGCAGGAGCAAAGUCACCGAUUCCCCCCUCGGUACCCCCCCCGCCAGCUACAUUUGCACGUGCGGGCCCCAUCCCCGUGCAUUCCCACGGCCAUCCACUGUCAACUUUUACAUCGACACCUAGUUACUCGGAUAUCGAUGGACAUCUCGUCUGAAAUUCGCUCAAUGUCUCGGUCGUCGCUAAUCAUCAGGGCUUCUCACCAGCUACACCGAGGCUAGAUAAUCCAGUCAGAUCCGAACGCGUUACUCAACUUUAAUUUAUUUAUUACCUCACUCUCACUCACUUUAGACAUUUUUAUCACUUCCAUUCCUGGUCACUCUCUCAUCGUCAUCAAAUUUCUGUAAUCAAUUUUAGGAUGAUUUAUUUCGAUCCAAUGAUUACACCAUUCGUCAUUCCUCACCUCGGAUAAUUCGUGACUUCGGUAAGUGAUGGCAUUCGGUCAAUUACAUCUCGAUUGCUGUUUUCCCAGGGGGUUCUCGACUAUUCACCAGGACAAAAAUCAUUUCACAACUCUGUGGAGCCCCCUGAGAAUGCUGUGAAUCACUGAAGUAGUGAUUUCACCAAUCACAAUUGCUUUAAUUACCCAGUGAUUUUCUGGAAUAUGUGCUGUGCCCUUUCUGAACGAGAAACGAGCAAUGCGCAAUACCCUGUACAUAAAUCGAUCGUAACGAAUUUUACACACUAGUGGAUCACUCCUUUCGUUGGAAAAUCCUUUAUCCCCAGGACAUAUUUCAACCCUCAAUACCUAUGAAAAAAAAGUCAAUAGGUGUAUAAAUUCUUAACGAGGUGCGAAAAAAAAUCUCUCUAUCAACGAAAGGAUUUCAAUUGAUUGUAUUAUAUUAUGAUGGAUUUUUUAACGACUUGAUCCCCCGUGUGGUGAUAAAUAUCCUCGGAUCACAGAUCCAUAAAAGAGAAUUAGUGCGUAAGGUGUAAAAUAUUUUUCUCCCUUCCUUCGUUCAGCUAGAAUUCCAGGUAUAAGCGCCUGUCUUUCAGCAUACGAUUCAAAUUAUUUGGCCCCUCAGUUGACUCAAUGUUCAUACCAUAUGUUAUAUUUUUGUCAAUUUAUUUUAUAACGUUCUGUGUAAAUAGUACUAUACGUAAAUUUAUAUGGAUAAUUAAACGUCUCUGAUAUCUCAACAAUUCAACUAAAAGACAAAAUAACAAGAAUAAUAAAUGAUAAUACGAAGAAAAAAGUAAUGUCAACGGAUCAUAUGAGGGUCUCAUGAUAAUAUUGCAUUAUAAAAUACAGACAACCAUAACAGAGAAAUAUUACGAUGAAGACAAUGACAGAAUUUUUUUUCCAUUGCAAAAAGCAUUUGAAUUCCCCCCUUAAUUGAGACGUUUAUUAAUUAUCAUUCAGUCAUUCCAAAAAUGCCUAGGUAGUGUAUAUUUUUGAAAAGUACUUGAGAUGAAAAUUAAUGAUUCCAAUUAUUUCUUUUCUCAAUUGUUUACUAAAAAUGCAACUGCAGCAUGCAAUACACAUAAGAAAUUAUUGUACGAGGAAGAAAAAGCUGAAAUGUGAUGCAACUACUGCCUAAAAUUUAUUUUAAACAUGUUUGAAAGUAGAGAAGAUAAUUUGCCCCACGAUUAAAUGUACCAGAACGUGAAGGUAAAUAGGACAUUCAGUAAAUUCAGUGGCCCGUAACGUCACAAAUAACACCAGAAAUGUGUGUUCCAUGCUCGGUUAGUAUUGUCGGAAAGUUUUUAACGCGAGAGAGAAUUUAAAAAAAAAAAUCCAGCGAUGAAAAAUUCAAAGGAAUUUAUUACGCCGAAUGUUAUUUGAUUAUUGCAAUUAUUUGUUGAUAAAAAAUUGUAGUAAUUCUACGCAGGCUUAUUGAGACAUGUAUUGUUAUGCUGUUGUGUGUGGAGUCGACGUUGGGAUCGGCUUAGACUGAUGAUAUUUAAAAAAUGAUGAAAAUGAAAAAAAAAAGGGAAUAAAAAAAAAACACAUUCACGUAUGCUCAAUUAGAGAACAUGUUCGCGCAUAAUUAAGAAUUCUAUUUACAUAUACAUGUUUUAUAUUUGUAAUUGACGGAAAAAGGACACUGGAAUGAAAAAAUCAUCUAUACUAGGAUAAAGCUGUCGGUGAGAAUGAUUGAUAAUUCGAUAGAUUAUGUAAUCUCCAAAGUAUUUGCUCAUCAAAGUGCUAGACAAGUUUAAGGGCCGAUAUUACGUCCAAAAUAGUACCUUGGAGAUGGACAUAUACCAUCUGAUAAUGGCACGAUAUUUCAUAUUUUACAUAAAAGAAGAGAAUGAAAAGAUAACAAAAUAAAAUUAACUCAUUAUUCCGUUGAUUAUUCUAAGGCAUAGUCAAUCCUAAUUAUACAAUCAUUAAAGUAUGACGCGUAAGUGGGGAAGAUAUUGAAUGAGUGGGUUUUAACUUGUAAAUAAAUGUAUAUAAAAUUUAGAUAGUUAUGAAGAAUUGAAAAAUGAUCAUGGUUAAAGAAAAAAACUUAAUAACGAAUUAUAUCAAUGCUACGAGAAUAUUUCAGUGAUCGGGAGCUUUUUUGUAAUGCAUGGAUGAAUGAUAAUCACGUUAACACUCGGUUUUUCUCUUAUUUUCAUGAUAUACACUGAAUACAUCAGUGGUGUCCCUUGAAAAUCCAGAUAAUGGCAAAAGCAUGGGGAAUAAUUGAAGUAUUAUUAUAACGCACCGAAACUCGAUUGAAAGAUAAAAACAAAUCAACAAUUAUUGUCAAGUUAUUUAAUGUACCUCUCGGUCUUUCAAUUUUUCAAUUGUAUAAAUAUAUUCGCGAAUUGAUUGUCGCUCAAGGAAGAAAAUUUAAUAAAUGUUUGAAUGCAUUGAAGUGUAAUUCGUUGAUGAAUUGGCAGAAGCUGAAUUGUUUGAUGAUGACUCAAUUUUUAUCGAUAAAAAUAUCUAAAGAAGUAAAAAAAAUCAUUCGCAUUUUCUUUCAACGUACCAGGAAAAAAAAAAGCAUUGGUAUGCCGCUUCCAUUUAUGUGCCAAUAAGUGAAUGUUUUUUGAUAAAAUAAUAUUACGAAAAUACGGAUAAUUAUCAUACUGUUACGAAAAAAAAAAUGGUGUCACAGAGAGAAAGAAAUUAUUGAAAUAUAAACGAGAAAUUCAUCUUUAAGUGUUAAGUGUGAAAAAUUGCGAUCACUCCAGGAGUAAUCAUCACUGUUUUUUCGAGGUACAACGUAAAUGUUGGUAAAUGCUCUCCAAUUGUAUCGAUAUAAUUGUAAUUUAAUGAAUGAAUUGCCCCCCAUUCCCCAGCCCACCAGAACUCAUCCAUCGGUAUACUAUAAUUACUGUACAUAUAUAUAGUAUUUUUACAUUCUAAUUCUAAAUUCCAUUUCCAAUUCUAAAUGGUACAUAAAUGAAGAAUCUGUGUGCUUCGUCUGUCAUCUUCGCAUCAUUCGACAAUCUAGAGAAAUCCUCACCCAAAUUUUUUCAAUUUGUCAUGAAUUUAUCUCAAUUGAAUUAAAUACCAUUUAAUCAUAAAUCCAAAACCAGAUAAAACUCCAAAUAACGCCACAAUACUAAACCAUUUUUAAAAUAACGACGAUAAUUUUGACUGAAACUAAAACGAAAAAUAAUUGUCUUGCGUUCCAACAACUGCCAAUUAAUUCCUGCCUUUUUAUAAUGAAUAAUUACAUCGAAAACACUGAUAAGAAUAAUUAUUUCAGUUAUAGAUUAUUUUUUCGAUAUUUAUCCUUUCGAUGUUAUUUCAGCCUACAACUGACUGUCAUUUUUAAAAACGAAAACCAAAAAAUAUGUCGAAUUAUAAUUGCUCGUAUGUGUCAUCGAAAUUCAUAACCAGAAAUAAUAAAGAAUAAAGGAAAAGAAAACCAGUUGAAAUAAAAGAUAAAUAAUUUGUGUCAGGACAGAGUGAAGCUCAACAGACUAGUCCUUAAUUUAAAACCAAAGUAACGUAACAAUUAAAAUAGACGAAACGGAAAAAAAA